UAUCAGAUAGGUGGUUAUACUGAUUAAGUAAUUGAAAGCUAUCGGGGGUUGAGAGGCAGGACUGUUCUUGACGCUCGUGCUAUAGCCAUCGCAACACGAUGGCCUCUCCCACGGGAAGACUCUCUGGAAAGCGCUGCUUGGUGACAGCUGCAGCCCAGGGCAUCGGACGAGCCACUGUGGAAGCCUUCCUGAGGGAGGGCGCCGCUUUAGUGGUCGCCGUCGACAUCAAUGCCGAGAAGCUGAACGAGCUAACCUCCGACCGCGUGGUGCGGCGCGUGUUGGACGUAAGGGACGGCGAGGGCAUCAAGGCAUUGGCGAUGGACCAUCCUGACAUCGACGUUCUCUUCAAUUGUGCUGGCAUCAUACACCAGAGCCAGCUGCUGGAGACCACCGAUCAAGAAUGGGACAACUCUUUUGAUGUUAACGUAAAGAGCGUGUUCCUCUUCUGCAGGGAGUUCCUUCCCAAGAUGAUUAAUCGCGGCGGGGGCUCGAUCAUCAACAUAGCUUCCGUCGCCAGUUCGUUGCGAGGAUACAACCGUCGAUGUGUUUACGGUGCUACCAAGGCGGCUGUCAUCGGGCUGACCAAGGGCCUGGCCAUGGAGCACGUGCGAGAUGGAAUCAGAUGCAACGUGAUGUGCCCAUCCCAAGUGGCUGGACAUGGGAUCCACACUAGGUCCGCUCAUGAGCAAGAUCAGCACGCAAUUAAUGAGCAAAAGGCCUUUGUGGAGAACAAGAGAAUUGGUCGCCUGGCAAAGCCUGAGGAAGUUGCCAAUCUGUGUCUGUACUUGGCUUCCGAUGAAUCUUCCUACCACACCGGAAAUGUGUUCGUUAUGGAUGGAGGAUCACAUAAUAUGGCAGUUAUCUCUUGGCUGAUUGGGCGAGUGCAAGUCAUCUCAGUGAAAAGAGACAGGACUGCCCUUGACACUCAGUGCUGUAGAAACCACGACACGAUGGCCUCUCCUACGGGACGACUCUCGGGAAAACGCUGCUUGGUGACAGCCGCCGCCCAGGGCAUCGGACGGGCCACGGUGGAGGCCUUCCUGAGGGAGGGCGCCGCGCUGGUGGUGGCUGUCGACAUCAACGCUGAGAAGCUGAAAGAGCUCACCUCCGACCGCGUGGUGCAGCGCGUGCUGGACGUGAGAGACGGUGAAGGCAUCAAGGUGUUGGCACGGGACUCUGACAUCGACGUCCUCUUCAACUGUGCCGGCAUUGUACACCAGAGCCCGCUGCUGCAGACCACCGAUCAAGAAUGGGACAACUCUUUUGAUAUCAACGUGAAGAGCAUGUUCCUCUUCUGCAGGGAGUUCCUUCCCAAGAUGAUCAGGCGAGGCGGGGGUUCUAUUAUCAACAUGUCUUCCGUCGCCAGUUCCUUGCGAGGAAUAGACCGUCGUUGUGUUUACGGUGCUACCAAGGCGGCUGUCAUCGGGCUGACCAAAGGGCUGGCCAUGGAGCACGUGCGGGAUGGAAUAAGAUGCAACGUGGUCUGUCCAUCCCCCGUAGCCAGCCCGAGCUUCAGCAGCAGGUCUGCAGACCCUGAGGAUUCGGACUUGGAACACAUCACCUUCAUGGAAAACAAAAGGAUUGGUCGUCUGGCAAAGCCUGAGGAAGUUGCCAACCUGUGUGUUUACUUGGCUUCCGAUGAGUCUUCCUACCACACCGGCAAUGUGUUCGUUAUCGAUGGAGGGUUCACACUGUGAGUCGAUUCCUGCGGUUACGAAACUCAUCGUCCCGGAGGUUGACGGUGGUCGCCAGCGUGCAUUGAGAUGCCAUCACCACUCACUCGUCGUGAUCCAUCUUGCAUUAUUGUAUCAUAAUAUUAUUGAUAAAAUAUAUAAAUUGUGCAA